AUGUCUUUGGGAAUCAAACAAUUGACUCCAGACCCAUGGACCGAUAUUACCGCUAAAUACCCAAUAAACUCUAAGCACACAGGAACCGUUCGCAAUUUCACCAAUUUUGGUGUAUUUGUUGAGUUGGAAGAAGGUGUUGACGGGUUGGUGUAUAUUUCCGACUUGUCAUGGACUCAAAAAAUUAAGCAUCCAUCUGAAUUCUGCACCGCUGGUGAUAAAUUGGAGGUUCAAGUGUUGGAAUUGGAUGUGGACAAUCGUCGUUUAAGCCUUGGCGUAAAACAAUUGGAAACCAAUCCAUGGGAUGUGUAUGAGCAAAAAUACGCCAUAGGAUCAGACCAUGAAGGUGUGGCCAUCGAAGUAUUUGAAAAAGGCGCCACCAUUCAAUUGGAGGAUGCUGAAAUCGAUGCUUUUGUUCCUGGUCGUCAUUUGGAUAAAGAAGAUGGAUCCAAAGUGGCCAAAGGCGAUAAAUUGAUGUUUAAAGUAAUAGAAUUUGGUAAGGAUCAAAAGCGUGUGGUAUUAUCGCAUACCGCAACGUUUAAAGAAGAAGAACAACGCCAAAUUAAAGCAGUUGCUGAAAAACAACAACAAACGUCUGAAAAAUCCACAUUGGGAGAUAUCGACGCUCUGUCCGAGCUUAAAAAGAAAAUGGAGGGC